AUGCUCGUCUCGAGCCCGCUGUCCGGGAAGUGGACAGCAUCUCUCUGUCUGCUGUCCACCCUCUGCACACUAUGGACUCCGGCAGUCUCGGUGAAGGAGCACGACUUUAAGAAGUGCGACCAGUCCGGUUUCUGCAAGCGCAAUCGAGUCUUCGCAGACAACGCCGGCGCGUCGAGCUCGUGGGAGUCACCCUACAAUAUCCUACCCGAGUCCAGAUCAUUUAAAGACGGCCAAUUCCAAGCUAUCGUCUUGAAGACCAUCAAUGCCAAGGGCGACACUGUCCGUCUACCCCUUACCGUCUCGUUCCUCGAAUCAGGAACGGCUCGGGUCACGGUCGACGAGGAGAAGAGACAGAACAAGGAAAUCGAACUGCGAUACGACAGCAAGGUGAGGAAGGAGCGCUACAAUGAGGCUGAAGAAUGGGUUGUUGUGGGCGGCCUAGGUCUCGACAAGGAGGCUACAGUCGGCUUCGAGGACAAAUCGCAGACCACGGUCAAAUACGGCCCGUCGUCCGCCUUUGAAGCUGUCAUCAAGCUUUCUCCAUUUACCAUUGACUUCAAGCGAGAUGGAGAGAGUCAGAUCAAGUUUAACGAUCGGGGCUUGUUGAAUGUGGAGCACUGGAGGCCUAAGAUCGAGCAGCCCGAGACUGAGAAGAAGGAAGGCGAGGGCGAUGGGGGAGAAAAGAAGGAAGAGACGACAUUGGAAAAUAAAGAAGGGAGCAGUUCCAGUGGGGAAGAUGAGAGCACUUGGUGGGACGAGAGCUUCGGCGGCAACACCGACACCAAGCCCCGCGGCCCCGAGAGCAUUGCGCUCGACAUUUCCUUCUCGGGAUUUGAUCACGUCUACGGUAUCCCGUCCCACGCUGGGCCGCUAUCCCUCAGGGAGACUCGCGGUGGAGAGGGCAAGUACAGCGAGCCUUAUCGGCUCUACAACGCCGAUGUUUUCGAAUACAUCCUCGACAGUCCAAUGACGCUGUACGGCGCCAUUCCAUUCAUGCAGGCUCAUCGCAAGGGGUCGAGCGUCGGGGUCUUCUGGCUCAACGCAGCCGAGACGUGGAUUGACAUUAUCAAGGCCAAGGACUGGCGGAACCCGCUUUCCCUGGGCGGUAGCUCCAAGACAAGUACCCACACUCACUGGUUUUCGGAAAGCGGUCUUUUGGACGUCUUUGUCUUUCUUGGCCCGACCCCCCAGGACCUCACCAAGAAAUACGGCGAGUUGACUGGGUACACGGCCAUGCCGCAGGAGUUCGCCCUGGGCUAUCACCAGUGCCGCUGGAACUAUGUCUCGGACGAGGACGUCAGGGAUGUCGACCGCAAGAUGGACAAAUCCAACCUGCCCUACGAUGUCAUUUGGCUAGACAUCGAGUACACAGACGAGAAGAAGUACUUCACUUGGGACAAGCACACCUUCCCGGACCCUAUCGGCAUGGGCAAACAACUAGAUAACCACGGCCGGAAGCUGGUCACGAUUAUUGACCCACACAUCAAGAACGCCGAAGGCUACCAGGUCGUUACCGAGCUCAAGUCCAAGGAGCACGCGGUGAAGAACAAGGAAGGAAGUAUAUUCGAGGGCUGGUGCUGGCCGGGUUCGUCUCAUUGGAUCGACGCCUUUAGCCCUGCUGCUCGGGAGUGGUGGGCGACCCUCUUCAAGUACGAUUCUUUCAAGGGCACCAUGAAGAACACUUGGAUCUGGAACGACAUGAACGAGCCCUCCGUGUUCAACGGACCAGAGACGACCAUGCCCAAGGAUAACAUUCACUACGGCGGCUGGGAGCAUCGUGACGUGCAUAACCUCAAUGGAAUGACUUUCCACAACGCCACUCAUCACGCCGUCAAGUCGCGCGAGCCUGGCGAGCUUCAGCGCCCGUUCGUACUGACUCGGUCUUUCUUUUCCGGGUCUCAACGUGUCGGCGCGAUGUGGACUGGUGAUAACCAAGCGGCGUGGGACCAUCUUCACGCAUCUUUCCCCAUGAUUCUGAGCCAGGGAAUUUCUGGUUUCCCCUUUUCUGGCGCGGAUGUGGGCGGCUUCUUUGGCAACCCCGAGAAGGACCUCCAGACUCGGUGGUACCAGGCUGGCGCCUUCUAUCCCUUCUUCCGCGGCCAUGCGCACAUUGAUUCUCGGCGACGUGAGCCCUACCUGGCUGGCGAGCCGUACACGUCGAUCAUCGCAGCGGCCCUUCGUCUCCGCUACAGCCUUUUGCCGUCGUGGUACACAGCCUUCCACCAGGCAUACGUGGACGGCACGCCUAUCAUCAAGCCCAUGUUCUACACACACCCCGGCGAGGAGGCCGGCUACGACAUUGACGACCAGUUCUUCGUCGGCAACACGGGUCUGCUGGCCAAGCCGGUCACUGAGCAGGACAAGGUGACGGCCGAAAUCUGGAUCCCGGACAACGAGGUGUACUACGACUACUUCACUUACAAGACCAUCCCUACGUCGAAGGGGAAGAGGGCGGCCAUCGACGCGCCGCUCCAGAAGAUUCCGCUUCUUAUGCAGGGCGGCCACAUCUUUGCGCGUCGCGAUCGCCCGCGCCGGUCGAGCUCGCUGAUGAAGUGGGACGACUACACGCUCGUCGUCACCAUCGGGCGGGAUGGCGGCAAGUCGGCCGAGGGCGACCUCUAUGUGGACGACGGCGAGUCGUACGACUUUGAGAAGGGGCAGUACAUCCACCGCAAGUUCGUGUUGAAUGGGGAAGCGACGACCAUAUCGUCGACCGAUGCCGAGAGCCGCGACCCCAGCAGCGUCAAGGAGGGCGACUGGAUGAAGAAGAUGCACGACGUGAAAGUGGACAGAAUCGUGAUUGUUGGCGCACCAGCGUCGUGGGCCAAGAAGCAGGCCACGGUAGAGUCAGAGGGCAAGUCCUGGCCGGCGUCGCUGGACUACUCGGCUGCCGCGCACGGGCGGGCGUCGUUUGCGACGGUCAAGAAGGUGGGGGCAAGGAUUGGAGCAGACUGGAAGGUUGUGGUCUCUUGA